AUGACCAAUCGGGAGGCGCUGCCCUUUCGAGACAAACCAUUUUACUUGUGCAUCAAAGUCUGGAAGCGAGGGCUCAAUUUUAACAGAAACCACCUUAAAAUCUGUCGUCUUAACUUUACCUUUUUGCCGCUACGUUGAGUGAGACCAUCAGCGGGCGCGAAAAGCGGGCGAAAGGGGGGGACGGCGCGUGUUAAUAGGACAAUAUCUGUGCAGAGGAGUGAGGAAGUGAGGUCUCGAGCGGAGGAGAGGGGGGCGAGGAGAGCUCUCAAGGCAGAAAAUUCGAUGAUGACCAUGACUGCGAUGGCUGACGGGCUGGAGACGCAGGACACUUCCAAAUCCGCCUUCAUGGAGUUUGGACAGCAGCAGCAGCAGCAGCAGCAGCAGUCGCACUCGCAGCAGAGCUCACCGUCCAUGUCCGGAGCUCACUACCCGCUCCACUGCCUCCACUCCGGCUCUCACCCGCACCACCAGCCCGACGGCGGCAGCCCCUACAGCGGCACCGCCAACUCCUACAACCGCUCCCUCGCCUACCCGUAUGUGAGCCACGCGCACCACAGUCCCUACCUCCCGUCCUACCACAACAACGCCGGGGCGCAGACGCGGCUGGACGGCGCAGAGCAGCAGAAGACGACGGUGAUUGAGAACGGGGAGAUUCGGUUUAACGGGAAGGGCAAGAAGAUCCGCAAACCCCGCACCAUCUACUCCAGCCUGCAGCUCCAGGCGCUCAACCACCGCUUCCAGCAGACGCAGUACCUGGCGUUACCCGAGCGAGCCGAGCUGGCCGCGUCCCUGGGGCUCACGCAGACGCAGGUGAAGAUCUGGUUCCAGAACAAGAGGUCAAAGUUCAAGAAGCUGCUGAAGCAAGGCGGCAACCCCCACGAGAGCGAGCAGAUCCCGGGCUCCAUGUCGCUGUCCCCGCGCUCCCCGUCCAUCCCUCCCAUCUGGGACGUGACCGCCUCGUCCAAAGCCAUGCCGGCCAACAGCUACAUGGCCGGGUACUCCCACUGGUACUCGUCCCCGCACCAGGACUCCAUGCAGAGGUAGACGCGCGGCCGGGCCUCCACUGACACUCUCGCCCUGCUUUGGAGAGGCCUUUGCGCAUCGCGUUCGGCCCGAUCGUAGCUACAGUUUUGGGUGGACGGAGGAGCGGCCACGGAAGCGCGGUCUGGAUGCUGAGGAGGCUUCGGGGGCGCGCACACGGACGGAGCCUUUGCACGUGGCCGCGCAGUGGGCAUCCUCCGCUCUGCUUCGCUCGUGUUGGAAGCCAAAUCCAGCGGCAGAGACACUGAAGCCACAUCGGGCGUAAAAACAAACACGGACUGUGACGCGGUGUUGGA